UCUCUGUAUCUCAGAAACAGCGGAAAUUUUGAACUGAAACGAUCGUACUUUGUAACAGUGUAAUACUGGUGGCGUGGACACAUAUUUUGAUAAUAACUUCACAAACGAACGGAAUAUUUUCCAUAUAAAUUUAAACACGCGGAAGAAGGGACGAAUCGCACACGUUUGUUUUGUUUUACGAAAGGAAAAGUAAAUAAAUAAUAAAAAAAGGAUUUAUAUAAUUCGUAAGAUAAAAACAGCAACAAACGUUGCCUCUUUUUGAACAUAAUCAUUCAUUUUAUUCGGCUGAAAUAAGUUUUCGAUUUCGUUACGCCAUAAACUAUAACUGACGGUUUAAUUUGCAUUUUCGAAGAGUUUUUUUAUUUCUAUAAGACGGUGGAAGAAACAUAAACAAAAGAAAAAUGUGCAGUAUGUUGAACAUCUUGAUUGCGUGUUUGUGUUGCCUUCUUGUUGCUAUGGUACAGGCUGCUCCGGUAGUGAAGGAUAAUUUUGAUGACAUCAAAGCCGCCCUCAAGGCUCAAUUGAAGGACCAGGAACAAGCCUUAGAAUCACUCGCAGGUGUCCAGAAUACAGGUUCUAAUGGUAUUGAAUAUUCAAAGGCAAAAUCCUUCUCGUAUUCGAACGUUAAUGGUGCUGAAAGUAAACAUGAACAGGCAGAAGAGAAAGUUUCAGAACCUGAAACAAACAAACUUUUAUCAGACAUCAAGGAAGAACUUAACUCCGAUCGACCUUCACCGGAUGUUAAACCUCUGACGUCAUUUAAAGCCUCGGUUGACGUUCCCUCGGAGGGUAUUCAUAAAGAGAUCACAAAUAACGGUGACGAUCAACAAGAUAUAGAUGAUAGUGCUAAAGAUCAACUUGUUCCUGAAGAGGGACUCAACAAAAUUAAAGAGACUAUUGAAUUCACACCACGAGUUGUUGCAGAAUAUCUGUUUAAAACAGGAGAGUCCCAGGAAUUCCAAAGUCUUCUAAAUGAACUUGUGGUUUCAUCUGAGAUUACGUCAGAAGAAGCCGAACAAUACGAGAAAGCUGUCAUGGACGAACUAUACAAGCUUGAACAAGCCCAAAACAACAACCAAAUGGAAGAAUUAUAUGAGCAAGGUCUUGCCGGCGCUGCCAGACCAUCUUUCCCAAUGUACGGUAACUUACAGGGACCAAUGGAUGUUUACCCAUUAUACGGAUAUGGUCAGAACCAAGGGGGUAAAAUACAACAGCCGGACAAUAUGGAUGACUAUCUUAAUUACAUGCUGAACAAACCCGUGACACUUGAUGAUAUGAUUAACAGCGUAAUAGAUACGUGGCUUACAAACGCUAUUGUUAACGGCGAUCCGGAAGCAGAAGAAAUUCUGAGCAAUAUUGUCGAUUAUGUAUCACGUGAUAACGAUCCAAAUGACGAAGAACAAGUAAAAUCAAUUUUAGGUGACAUAUUUGCUGAAGCUAUUUUGGAAGACCUUGCACCACGUAUAGAGCCACAAGAAAUACAACUCGGGGAAGACCAAAUGUCCGAAGCUCAGCAAGAUGAUAUGGAGGAAACAAAAGCAGACAUGGCUGACAAAUCAAAUAAUGACGAGACUGAAGAAUUACAUCAGCAAUCAGCAGAGACAGAAGCCGAGGAGAAGCCAAAGGAAACUGCAUCGGAAGCUGGGAUAUCACCAGAGAUGAAGAUGUAAUUGUAUAAAUGUAUGUUUGCUGAUUGUUUGUAUGAUUGACAAUCAUUAUCGCGACAACAAAUUUGCCUUUGUUUAAUUGUUCAUGGACUAAAAGCAUAUAUAAACAAACUAGACUGAAUUUGAAGUUGUCGUAUUAAUAACAUGAACUACACGUAUCUAUAUUUUGUUAUACACAGUGGAAUGAUAUACAUGUAUGUGUGUGAGAGUUACCUGUCUGGAUGGCAGACUGCCUUUCAAGUGAUUUUCUUGUUUAAUGUUACGAACAAUGGGUGCAUGAACGGCCUAAUAUAUUCAUCGUGAAAUAACAUUUCUUUGGCUGCAUAAUGAAAUAACAAUUGUUUGAUUUCAUAAUGAAAUAACAAUAUUUGUGGCAAAGAGUUUGAACCUUUUUCUGAUUCGGGUUGACGUUAUGAAGUCAAAUUGUGACAAGUGUAAAAGACAUUAUUAUUAUAAAAUGAUAUUUUGGAAAUAUUAAUAUUACUGCUGUAUGAAACAGAAAAACAUGUUGCGAGAGAAAUAAUGCUAGAGUCCCCACAACGUGAUUCAACACCAUUUGGAGAAAAGUUUAAUAUAUUGUUUGUAAGGUUUUUAUAUACAUGUAUAUAUAUAUAUAAAUAGAUACAAAAGAAGUAUACUGAAAGAUAAUAACACAUGUUAAUUGUUAAAAAUAUUCUAUUUUUCUCUCAUCGCAAUUACGAAACAUUAUUAUCAAAACAUCAUGUUAUUUAUAUUAAAAAUGAUAAACUAACUUUUUGAACCCGCAUUUUGUUAUAAAAAGUUUUAAUUCCUCAUCAAUUUUUGACAAAGUACAAUUUUCUGUAUGUAAAGAAUGUGAACUAAUCUGUACAAGCAAAUAUGACAACAGUUUUACAACUCACGAAAUUCUGUUUAUAACAUUUACUUGACAAGAUUCAGCUGACAACGUUUAGCUGACAACGUUCAGCUGACAAAAUUCAGUUUAACAAUGUUUAGUUGACAAAUGACAACUGACAACAUGUGUGUACAUGUAGUGGAGCAGUCUGUGAUAUUUUGUGAUGAAUGACAAAUGAGCCGUGUCACGACAAAACCAACAUAAUGGGUUUGCGACAAGCAUGGAUCCAGACCAGCCUGCGCAUCCGCGCAGUCUGAUCAGGAUCCAUGCUGUUCGCUAUCAGUUUCUCUACUUACUAUAGAGUUUGUAAGCGAACAGCAUGGAUCCUGAUCAGACUGCGCGGAUGCACUAUGUUGGUUUUGUCGUGACACGGCUCAAAUGUAUUAUUUGUGAAAGCUUUCUUCACAUCAGCUUGAUUGUAUGAUGGCUAUUUCUCCCCCCUCUUUAGUAUACAUGUAUCGUUUCAAAUUUUGUUAUCAUGUUUCGUGCUCAAUGCAGCUCGUACUUUCGUACUUUGUGAAUGGUAUAUUUUGUGAAAAUAAAUAUCAUAUUUAUAGAUAUUUGAUAUAAAUAAAAAUACAAUAAAAAACAGCAUGUAAAUAUAAUUACUUGAUCACUUAUUUAAUGCCUGUACCUGUGACGUUUUGGCUUCUUUUUUAAUGGUCAAAACAUAGCAUGUAUCCUUUUAUGAUUGUUUUGUGUUCUUGAAGUUUUAAUAACAGCCUUGUUCCUUCCCUUUUGUACAGAAUAAUCUUUAACAAUUUUUAAUGAAAAUUAAUGUAUUACGUUUUACGUCAUCAUCAGUACCCUUUGAGCGACAUACAGAAGAAAAAAGACGUGUUGGACCAUGAGCCGGUGCUAGGGGGCAUUAAAUAUGUUAUUAACUUAUCUCUAAAUUUGCAAUAUAUUCUCUAUUAUUUUAUAUAUUCUGAAACGAAAUUAUUGUUUUUUAUUACAUUUGAUAACAAAUCGUACAAGAUACUUAUACUUCAUGAUGUUUUAACUUUGAUUCUGUGAGGACAACAAUUGUUUCUACUUAUUAUAUUAUUAUGUUUUUACACUACUUUUCACAAAAUAUAUAAAUGACCUGUAACAAUUGUUACUUAAAACAAAAUAUAAUAUAUAUUUUGCUUAAGAUAGGGAAAAAAACGUACAAAUAGUUUUAGUUCAUCAGAUAUUUGUACAUCACAAAUGUUUCCUUUCAAUUUACUCCUGCAUAAAGAGAAAGUUAAUUCACUUAAAGAUAUGUUCUGUAAAAUUAGGCAUGAACACGAGGCCAAAAAAACCCCCGACGAGGUUAAAUAGUCGUAUGGUUCCUCUUUCAGGUUGUUACAGAUUAGAUUGUUAGCGAUUAUUUAUUUUUGCGAAAAUAUUCCCUCGCGAAACUUUCUGAUUUUUUUUCCAGUGAACUUAGCCUCCGAGACAUUUUUUCUCAGAGUAUUUUGUUUCUUUUCUUUUUUAUUGAAAAAGGGCAUCAUUUGACAUUUUUUCAUAUUUUAACAACUUCUUCAUUCAUGUGUCAUUUUAAUAGACUAGAAACUGCUGUAAUAAGAACAACAUAUGUAAGAAUGCUUUGUUUUUUUUUUUUUAAUUUUUUUAAUCUUUGAUACAAAUUUUCACACCUAACUAUAGCUGAUCUAUGUAUUUCAUCAAAAGAUAUGAUAAUUUCAAACUUAAGAUUUAUAUCAUUAAUAUCAAAACAUGUUUAUAAUAUUUUUUUUAUAAUAAUUAUGAUAAAUAAAGGUGUAAGCAUAUGUUUAAAACGUUGUUUCCCUAAAUUCAAAUGUUUCCGAGAUAUCAGAUUAGUUUUAAUUUGAAUAUUUCCUUUAAAAAAAACUUCAAAGAAGACUGAAGAAUGUAAAUGCUCUUCAGUUAUGGAGGAAAUAAGGAAAAUAAUAAUAAUGUUUAUCAUUACAAGGUGAUUAAUGGGAUAUUGAUCGGAAUAUAACAGAACAGAACAGAAUAUUCAGUCUUUCACAUGUACAGCGUAUCGAACAUUGAUAUAAUUUUGAUAAUUUGGCACCGCUGUAAACAUUAUUGAAUAGAAUAUUAAUUGAAAUUGUAGGGAACACAUAUUAGACAUUGAUACAUGUGUAAAGUUAAUGAUUUGGCAUUACUUUAAAUAUAUUAAUUAGAACAUCAAUUGAAAAAUGUAGGGAAAAAUAUCUGGGGCUGAUAUAAAGAAAAUGAUUUGACACUACUGCAAAAAAUAUUGAAUAGAAUAUUAAUUAAAAUUGUAAGGAACAUAGAUCAGACAUUCGUAUAAAGUUGAAUGAUUUGGCACCGCUGUAAAAAAUAUUUUAGAAUAUUGAAUAGAAUAUUUAUUAAAACUGUAAGGAACAAUAACCAGUGUCAUACAUGUUCAUGGUAGAACAACAAAACAAAAUAAGCAUAAUAAAUUUAUGCAGGGUUUUAUUUCAUGGUGAUCCACCGUUUAAAUGGCUUCAUUAUUAAAAUGUUUAAGUAUUACUACAUAUUUGAAAUUUUUCACAUGCCAUAUCUGUCUGACUUGCUUUCCCUUGGUCAUAAAGCGUAAGAUUUCAAUAGUUCAUGGAAAUUGGCGAAAUAUGCCGAAUUUUCACGAACAUAUUACUGUGUAAAACGACAAAUAUUUUAAUAAAUCAUUGAUAUUUAAAAUUUAUCUUCGUCAAAAAACAGGUACGUUAAUAUACAUAUCUACAUAAAAGGUUAAUUUGGAAAAAAAGGUCUUUAUAGUUGAAUUUCGGACAACUUUCGAAAAAGGAAAGAAUAGAGAUGAGAACAAUUAUUUCUUUUAAUUUGGGACAGAAAAAUACACUUAUACUUUUAACUAUAUGGCACAUAUUGGAAAUGCAUUGAUUUAAAUACUAUGAGUUGAAUUUUCCAUGAAGAAAUAGCAAACUUUGGGCAAAGAGCAACAUUUAUGCUCAUAAAAUUGAUGAAUAAGAAACAAAGAAUAAUAUUUUAGUUAAGAAAGAUAAAUACAUCUUGAAUAAAUUAUAUAUAUUUAUAUUUUUACAAAAGCUAACUAAUGAUUUUGUUUAACUUUGAAUAAAUCUUAAUUUCUA